CACGCCACAGACAUCAACGAAUGCGCUCAACAAGGAAUCUGCAACAACGGGCAGUGUAACAAUACUCCGGGAAGUUUUUUAUGCUCUUGUCCGCCAGGCUACGAUUUGGCCUCGGACGGAAAACGUUGUAUAGAUCACAACGAAUGYGAGAAGAACGGCAUGUGCGCGAACGGAAAGUGUUUGAAUGUACAGGGGUCUUUCCAAUGCCGCUGCAAGUCGGGAUUCGUCAUGUCACAAACCGGCCACUCGUGCAUAGACAUUGACGAGUGUUAUGAAAACCCAAAAAUUUGCCUCAAUGGCAAGUGUCRAAACACCCCUGGUUCCUACAUAUGUGAGUGCCAGCCAGGAUAUACGGUUUCACCGGACGGAACGUUUUGCACGGACAUAAACGAGUGUGAAAAAAAACCGGGUCUUUGUAGAAAUGGAAAAUGUGCAAACACUGAAGGAUCGUACAAAUGUGUCUGCGACUCCGGCUACAAAUUAUCACCAGACCGACAAAACUGCAUAGAUAUCGAUGAGUGUUCAAAUACUAGCGGUCCUUGUCAAAAUGGCAAGUGCAUAAAUACGGCUGGGAGUUACCGUUGCGAGUGUCAAGACGGCUUUUACUUGGGACUCGACGGUCGUACAUGUCUGGAUACGCUCCGCGAUCUUUGUUAUGCCAACUUUCAACAGGGUUCGUGUCUGCAACCCCUAACCACCCCCAUGACGAAAUCCAGUUGUUGCUGUUCGUACGGCGUGCUGGGGCAGACACCAGGAUGGGGUUCGCAGUGCUCUAAAUGCCCUUCACCCGAUAGCUUAGAAUUCAAAAUGCUCUGCCCUCAGGGUUCAGGGAUGACAUACAACGGUGAUGAUAUAAACGAGUGCGCUCAAAAUCCAGCAGUAUGUUCCAACGGUGCUUGUGAAAACACGAUAGGCAACUAUCGUUGUAUAUGCAAUUCCGGUUACGAAGUGGACGACACGGGUAAGACUUGUAAGGAUAUUAACGAGUGUGACAUGGAUGACACAAUAUGUAAUGGCGGCCAGUGCCGCAACACACCAGGAAGUUUUCAGGGUUCUUAUGGUUGCCGAUGUCAAGAUGGUUUUACAGGUAACGGAUACAAUUGUAUGGAUAUCAAUGAGUGUUUAACUAAUAACGGAGGUUGUGACCAAAAUGCACAAUGCAUAAACGAAGAAGGCUCGUUUAAGUGCGUAUGUGAUGAUGGUUUUCGUGGAGAUGGCUACUCGUGUAUAGACAUUGAUGAAUGUACUGAAGAUUCGACUCUAUGUGAGAACGGUCACUGUUUGAAUUAUCCGGGAUCAUUUAGAUGCGAGUGUGAAAUGGGAUUUAUUAAUCCGGAUGACAAAAAUGAAAGAUCUUGCAAUGAUAUAAAUGAAUGCCACAUGUUCAAUAAUCUGUGUGUGUAUGGUACUUGUGAAAACAUAUUCGGGACGUUCAGAUGUGAGUGCAGCGGAGGCUACCAAUUGGACAACACGGGAGGAAAUUGCACCGACAUAAAUGAGUGCGAAAGUCCUCAGGCAUGUCUAUACGGUGAAUGCAUCAAUAACGAAGGAAAUUACACAUGCAAAUGUCCGCCUAAUUAUCAACUGGUUCCGGCCGGAAACGCGUGUGUCGAUAAAAGAGAAGGUCGUUGCUAUAUGGAAGUGGAAGACCGGGGUGGGCAGAGACUCUGCCAUCACGAGAUGGGAUCAGCCGUGUCGAAGGCCACGUGCUGCUGUUCCGUGGGUAAGGCYUGGGGAUCCAAGUGUGAAUCGUGUCCGGAAGUGGAAACGGAAGAGUACAAGACUCUCUGUCCCGGAGGAACGGGAUACAGGCCCAACCCUACCACGGUGAUACUCGAAGACGUCAACGAGUGUGAGGAACACGACAACCUAUGCACGAACGGCCACUGCACCAACACGUUCGGCAGUUACAUGUGCUCGUGCAACGAAGGUUAUCGUCUCGACAACACCAGUACAUUCUGUUAUGACGUGGACGAGUGCAACGAGAACCCAGACGUCUGCGGCGUGGGAUUCUGUUUGAACGAAGUCGGAACAUAUCGUUGCAUUUGCCCGGACGGAUACAUGCUCCUGCCUAAUGGAAAGGAAUGCGUGGACAUGCGGAAAGACAACUGCUUUUUGAAUUACACKGACGGUCAGUGUUCYGUGCCCAUGUCUAACAGUCAGACUCGAAUGAUCUGCUGUUGCUCGAUGGGCCAAGCCUGGGGAUUGCCAUGUCAACCUUGUCCGUCGUCCAAUACGAAGGAAUACUUAUUACUAUGCGGGUCAAGACCGGGCUUGAUCAUGAACCCGAUGACCAAUCGGACCGAAGAAAUUGACGAGUGUGCACUGAUGCCGAACAUGUGCAACCACGGAUCGUGUGUCAACACUCCCGGGAGCUUUCACUGUUCGUGUGACGGCGGAUACGUGUACGAUGCCAACUCCCAUCAAUGCAUCGAUGACAACGAAUGUCUGCGCAUACCAGCUCCGUGUCGGGGCAUCGCUCAGUGCGUCAACACUCCCGGUUCGUUCGAAUGUCAGUGUCCCGAAGGGUACAAGCUCGGGUCGACCGCCAGAGAGUGUGUGGACGUUGACGAGUGUAACGAACGAGAUGGAAUAUGUCGGGACGGCGAAUGCGCUAAUCUGGAUGGGAGUUUUCAGUGCACCUGUCACAACGGCUAUGCACUAACAGYGGCUCGKGACACGUGUGUGGAUGUAGACGAGUGCAGUCGUCAUCAGAACGUGUGCAACAACGGAACUUGUUUCAAUACCGUGGGAUCGUUCAAGUGCAACUGCUUCGAAGGGUUCAAACUCAGUCAUAAUAACGAUUGCAUAGAUGUGGAUGAGUGUAGAAUGAUGCCAUUCCUGUGCAGAAWCGGGCGAUGUAGGAAUACUAUGGGUGGGUUUAGCUGUGAAUGCACUUCCGGAUAURUACUUUCGACUGAUGGCCAACAUUGCAGGGAUAUUGAUGAAUGUACUGAGAUACCAGACACUUGUCCUCAGCCGGGGAGGUGUCAAAAUCUGAUGGGAUCGUUUUUGUGUACCUGUCCACCUGGAUAUCGAUUGUCGCAACCUAUUUCCUAUAUAUACAUCGACGAGUGUCGGCAAGAACCCAACUUAUGCCCGUCGCCAGGAAAUUGUGUCAAUACAUUGGGAAGUUACAGGUGUCUGUGUCCAAAGUACUACAAGCUCGACAGCACCGGUACACGUUGCGUGGAUCCAAAACAAUUGCAAUCGAAAAAUCACCAGAACGAAUGCUUCGGACUCGACUGCAACCAGAAUGUUCCCGGUACUAACAACAACAACAACAACAACGGGUGUAACGAUCAUCAGAGUGCUCAAAACGGCGGUCAAAACGGUACUUCYGGUGCUAACGGUAACAAUAAUUGUGGAUGUCCAAAGGGUUUCCGGAAGUCAGGCUACCGUGGCGAAUGUGUGGACAUCAAUGAGUGCCUCGACUCACCAUGCGACUCCAACCUUAACUGCAUCAACACGCCCGGUGGCUACCAGUGCGUAUGCGCCAACGGACAGAUCUAUGACCCUCA